CAGCGGCUGUAUUCCGGCAAGACUGCUACAGCUCGAUCACGUGCUUCAAUACUCAAAAGUUACAGCAGCAGCGAAGACUAAACGCCAUCAGGUAUUUACAAGACCGGUGCAAUGCGCGGACCUGACAGCACCUUCACAUGAGCUCACUGAAACCAACCACCCACCUGCGAGCAUAACCAGCGGGAAAUACACCCCAAUACAGCUGCUUUAACCAGCGGGAUCUGAUCAAACCCCAUUGGAAAGACACCCCAAUACAGCUGCUUUAACCAGACGCCGUUCAAUACGAACAAGGAACCAGAAAUGACCGACCACGCACUCUGAAUCUGCAGACGGGUUAAACUGUGUUCCUGAGGCGUCGCUGCAAUGAGAUGCUAUUGGAAGAGAUUUCUGAUGACUUUGGGCUCCCUGUCUCUCUUCCUCCUCCUCCUCCUCCUUGUCAGUCUGAGGACUGAGGAAGACAGCUUUGCCGCUGAGGAGAGCAGGAGAUGGGCCAGAGAGGUGGCCAUGCAACAGAUUUACUCCGAGAGGAACGGGCAGAACUUCAGGGAUCUCUGGAACUCCUUGCCACCCAUUAACAUCUCCUACGGUCACUUAGCUGGCUUUCCCAACCACAAAAAGAAAUACCUGGCGGUAGGGCUGUCUUCGAUCAAGAGGAAGCGAGGGAAUUACCUCCUGGAGACGCUCAAGUCCAUUUUUCAGCAGUCGUCCAACGAAGAGCUAAAGGAGAUGGUGGUGGUCGUUCAUCUGGCCGACUUCGACCAGGCCUGGAACAGCAAGGUGGUGAAGGACAUCUCCAGGAAGUUCUCCCACCAUGUGCUGUUGGGACACCUCAUAGUCAUCCACGCACCCCAGGAGCACUACCCCCCCCUGCAGGGGCUCAAGCAGAACUUCAAUGACGCUCCGAACCGUGUGCAGUUCCGCUCCAAACAGAACGUUGACUACGCCUUCCUGCUCAACUUCUGCGCCAACCUGUCACAUUACUAUCUGAUGCUGGAGGAUGACAUCCACUGCUCCAAAUCCUUUUUCACCGCCAUUAAGAAAGUCCUGACCUCCAGGGAGGGAUCCUACUGGGUGACCCUGGAGUUUUCCAAGCUGGGGUACAUCGGAAAGCUUUAUCAGUCCAGCGAUCUUCCCAGACUGGCCCAGUUCCUGUUGAUGUUUUACCAGGAGAUGCCUUGCGACUGGCUCCUGGUUCAUUUCCGGGUCUUGCUCGCCCAGAAGGACGUCAUUCGUUUCAAACCAUCUUUGUUUCAGCACAAUGGGUUUUACUCCUCUUUCCUGGGCACGGCCAACAAGCUUAAAGACGACGACUUUGAAGAGGAUUCCCUUGAUCUCCCAGACAACCCUCCAGCUACUAUCUACACCAACAUCAGCACGUUUGAGAACUACAAUCCCAACAAAGCCUACAGCAACGUGGAUGAAUAUUUCUGGGGCAAGUCUCCAUCGGUGGGGGAUUACUUCACCAUCGUGUUUGCCAAACCCGUGGAGUUGACGAGACUCCGAAUUCAAAGCGGCACAGAGGAGAGGCAGUCGGAUGUGCUUCAUGCUGGAGAGGUCGAACUGGGAGAAGACCCAGCACAGAUUAAAGAGAAGGUGGAAUGUUCCAGCUACGUAAAACUGGGGCGAUUUGAGAACGGACAAUUUGAGAGCAAGGAUAUUGACACAAAGAUUCAUUCUGCAGUGUCUUGCAUAAAAAUAGUUGUAACGGAGAGCCAGAAAGAAUGGCUUAUCAUUCGAAGCAUAAGCAUUUGGACCAAACAGAGUAAAGCAUAGCUGAAAAUAUCUUCCAUGUAGCUAUUUUUGGUUACACCCUUUUUUCCACAUGAUGCAAUUAAUCUGGCAAGGUAGCCACGUCUUUUUGUAACCUGCAUACUGUGCAUUUUCACAUAGUGAUCAGUUUAUUUGUAUAAGGACAUCAGGAAGGUGUAAUUCUGUGCAAAGUACAGAGAUUGCUCAUUAGAAAACCACUUGCUUCACAUCUUUAGUUGUGUGAGUGCCAGACUUCUUCUUCUUCUUCUUCUUCUUCAGUCAUUUAGCAGACACUUUUAUCCAAAGUGACUUACAGAGA